CGGAUAAUUGUUGUCAAUUGUUAUUCGUCAAUCCGUCGUCUUUUCUAAUCACUUCGUGGACCAUUUCGUGUUAUCAAGUUUCCGGGAAAUCGUUAGACGAUGAUAUCUGAUUUGGAAUUUGAAAUCCUAAUACUUACCUGAAAGAAAAAGUAAUUAUCCUGUCCAUACAUAGGUGCAUCUGUUAUCAUACCUAAUCAUCAGUCAUUGAAUUCGAAAUUAGUGUUCAGACUUGCAAGGUUACAUGGGUGUUUCCAUCCUUCUUCACACUUGAAUCUUCGUCGCACAUUUUUAUCUGAUAGCUCUAAUAUCUGUAAUGAUCAAGUUUUACUUAUUAAAUGAGUGGUAACCACUGUUUGAACUGAAUUACAAAUGUUGCUGGUCACCCGAAAGAUUGCUGCAACAACUUUAGAGAAAUCACGAAGUAAAACCUGAACAAGAAAAUGUAUACCCAAGAUCUCAUCCCUGUGCAAUGUUUGAGGUUUCCAUAAAGCAUUUGAAACCAAGUUGUAGUCAAAAUACUACCACAGCAGCCAGAAACUAGAAUCUUAUUGCAAUCAACUUUUCAUCUAUGAAAUGAGCAAUAAGUACCAACACUAUAUUGCACGAAAAAGUAAAAGUAACAAUAUUAAUUCCGAACCUGAAAACCAUACCAACGCCAACCGAAGUCUGAUAACACGAAAUAAAUGGGACGAUGGGGACACCAACAAGAACCCACACUUAAAGAAGACGAACAACAUUAAUUCAGAAGUAACUUCACUACCUAUUGUUAACAGUAGCACUGUAUCAAUUAAGUACAGGACUGGUCAAAUUUCAAACAUUUCUGAGCAGAAGCGGCGUAAUUUGAAGGCAUCAUCCGUCAGUCCUGCCAGGAGUAACAGGCAAAGCUCUCCCAGGAAAGUGAAUCAAGACGGAGACUUACUGAAUAGGAAGUCACGAUCAGUUCAACCUUCCAGUAAAACGGGGACAGGAAACUCUGGCCUCGGGCAAUCCUCAUCCUCUUCCAAUCAAAGGCUUUCAUGCACUGCUAAUUCAGCAUCAACCAAUGGUGAUGGACUGCGCCGAAUUUCACGGUCAUCCGUGCACCAACACUCACUUGACUCAUCACCAUCCCCAGUGCGCAGCAAUUCUUCCAGAAAUAGUCUCACCUCUACCAGUCAUAUUCCUCUAUCAACAGCCAAGAAAGAAUCAUUACAUGAUGCCUCACUGGAAAGCACUCAACUUCACCACCUCCCUGGUGCUUCAAUAAAGAAACGAUCCCCUGUCCCUGUCAAAGGUUUUAAAAAAGAUCUACCUAGAAGAAAAGAUUUCAAAUCAAACAAUGCUGUUGACAAAACUCAAGUUAUGACAGAAACCAAGGAAAAAAGAGGCUCUACAGAGGGUAGGGAUGUACCUGUAGAAACACCAGAUGCCAAGAACCAGUCAGAGAAUAAUGACCCAGAUGUAAGGGCUGAUUUGAAUCUGGGAGACAGUCAAGAUGAGCCAGGAGUUUAUCCUCUCUUACCAGCUACAGAAAUCCCGCCGGAAAUAAAGGAGUUCUGCCACGAGUUUAAUAAAAAUAAUGCCUUGAACAACUUUGAUUUUCGGGAAACAUCGACCCCUGAAAUCAAGCAGGUAAUAGAGGAGGCUGGUGCGGUGAUUCCUGAACCAGCAUUCAUCGAUGAUGAUGAAAAAGCAAUUGGUGUUUCACCGGAUGGAAGGUUUUUGAAGUUUGAAGAAGAAAUUGGGAGAGGUAGUUUUAAAACUGUGUAUCGAGGUUUGGAUACUCAAACAGGUGUUGCUGUAGCUUGGUGUGAGUUACAGGAGAAAAAACUAAAUAAAACAGAAAGACUGAGAUUUCGAGAGGAGGCUGAGAUGUUGAAGGGUCUUCAACAUCCAAACAUCGUCAGGUUCUACGAUUACUGGGAAGUAACUCAGACAAAAAGAAAAUACAUUGUGCUAGUGACUGAACUUAUGACCUCAGGCACCCUGAAAACAUAUCUGAGACGUUUCAAGAAGAUAAAUCCCAAAGUAUUAAAGUCUUGGUGCCGGCAAAUCCUAAAGGGUCUCAGCUUCUUACAUUCUCGCACUCCACCUAUCAUUCACAGGGAUUUGAAAUGUGAUAAUAUUUUUAUAACUGGUACUACGGGUAGUGUCAAGAUAGGAGAUCUUGGUCUUGCAACUCUAAAAAAUCGCUCUUUUGCUAAGUCUGUGAUAGGGACGCCAGAAUUUAUGGCCCCAGAAAUGUAUGAAGAGCAUUACGAUGAAAGUGUAGAUGUAUAUGCAUUUGGAAUGUGCAUGCUAGAAAUGGCCACUUCAGAAUAUCCGUAUACAGAAUGUUCUGGACCAGCUCAAAUUUAUAAGAAAGUCGUUAGUGGUGUGAAGCCUUUAAGUUACGAAAGGGUGGAAAACCCGGAAGUUCGUGAUAUUAUAGAGCGAUGCAUCAGACUUCGGAGGGAUGAAAGACCGGGUGUCAAAGAACUGUUAAGUCUAGAAUUUUUUGCAGAAGAUAUUGGUUUGAAAGUAGAGUUGGUUUCCCGGGAUGAAGCUGUCAAAUCAGAUGCCACAAAAGUGGAGUUCCGCUUGCGUGUCAUUGAUCCUAAGAAGCGCAGCAAUAAACACAAGGAAAAUGAAGCAAUCCAGUUUGAAUUUGACAUGGCCUCAGAUAACGCAGACGAGGUCGCCGCUGAAAUGGCAAAAUCAGGACUGAUCAUGGAAGAUGAUGCACGCUCUGUUUCAAAGUUGCUGAUUGCUCAGAUUGGUGCGUUAAAACGAGAGAGAGAAGAAAAGAAAAAUGCCGACUUAGCUUCCACAGUCAAAGAAGAAGCCCUGUCCACUCAUCAAGUAGAAUCUCAAGUAACUGAUCCACAAUUGGUGAAUGCUCUAGUGGUAGACUCAGCAAUCCUGCAAGAACAACAAAUAGGAGUGCAGCAGCAGCAAGUUCAACAGCAACAACAACAGCAGCAGCAACAACAACAGCAGCAACAACAACAGCAGCAACAACAACAACAACAACAACAACAACAACAACAACAACAACAACAACAACAGCAGCAGCAGCUGCAGCAACAACAACAACACCAGCCUCAAAAUCCACAACAACAGUAUUACCCAGCAAAUGUUUCUACCUCUAACGCUCCUGUAAAUACCUUCUCUAACGCCGAUGCCUCAAUGCAGUCAUACUCUCAACCAGCAGAAUCUCUCACCAGCAGUGUCCCUCUAAUAAACAUUAUGCCAGGCUUUACGAAUGUCGAGAACCCUAAUUUGGUUUCCUACCAAAAUUACUCUCAACAGCAACAACACACCCAACAGCCAAUUCAAGUGCAGCAAGUACCCUGUGAAAUAUCAGACAAGGACUUAGUUGUGCAGAAUCAGAACCCAACUCAAAACCAACAAUAUUUUCAGACACACACAGUUAAUCAACAAUUUUCUAAUAUUGACCAACAGCUAGCUGAUAGGAUGCCACAAACAUCAGUUCCCCAGAGCCUGAGUCAAGAAGAUUACCAGCGAAAAAUAUCGACAAUAUCAAAUGUAUCAAACUUGAGUACCCAGAGUGAAGAAUAUCACCGAAAAAUCUCCACCAUAUCCAACAUUUCCUCCCUUUCUAUGGAUUCCUCAAUCACGUCUGAUUCUAGUAAUAUGUUCCCUGGUUUGCAACAAGUGCAUGUUCAUGCCUCAGAUAGUCCAGGGGAAUUUGUUUCCUCGCAAUAUCAGCAAAAUGUGGCACAGGCCUCUUUUCAACGACCAGGAGAGCAGCAAUAUCAGCAAUCUGCCCCAUUAGCUGACUAUUCUCGAUUGGAUGAGCAACAAUAUCAACAAUUGGUUCCUCAAACCACUUAUUCGCAGCCAGAUGAGCAGCAAUAUGUAUCUAGUGUUCCACAAGCUACUUAUUCUCGAGCAGAUGAACAAUUUCAGCAAAAUAUUACAGCAGCCUCUUUCAAUCGGCCAGAUGAACAGCAGUUUCAGCAAGCUGCCUUACAGACUACUUACCAAAAGUCAGAUGACAUCCAAUACCAACAAACCAUUCCAAAAGCUUCUUACUCCCAACCCGAAGACCAACAAUAUCAGCAAAGCAUUCCACAUAUUCCAUAUUCUCGUCAAGAAGAAGGCUCUGUAUCAUAUUUUUCAAAUCAACCAUCUGACGACUCUCGACAAAAUUCUUUUGCUGCCAGUAUUACAAGUUCCACCCCAAUGCAGGUACAAAAUCAGCCAGAACUUUACACCGCAAAUUACAUGAACCAAGGAAAUGUCCAACCGAUGUUGCCUCAGCAAGUGCAGCAGUUGCAACACCAGGAAAAACAGCAGAUUCAACAUAAUCCGGAGCACCAGCAAGUUAUACAUCAACAGGAACAUCAGCAAAUUCAGUUGAUGCAACAAGAUUAUCAACACAUUCAUCAUCAAGAACUUCAACAGAUGCCACAAAUUCAGCAGUAUGUAGAACAUCAGCAGUUGCAGCAUCAGCAAGAUCAUCAGCAGUUGUUGCAAAUGCCACUUCACCAAGAACAUCUACAACAAGUGCACCAUCAAGGAGAUCAUCCACAAAAACAGCAUCAGCAAGAACAACAACAGUUGCAACAGGUGCAAGAACACCAUCAAAUACAGCAUCAGCAAGAACACCAACAGAUGCAGCAUCAGCAAGAACACCAACAGAUGCAGCAUCAGCAAGAACACCAACAGAUGCAGCACCAGCAAGAACACCAACAGAUGCAGCAUCAGCAAGAACAUCAACAGAUGCAGCGUCAGCAAGAACACCAACAGAUGCAGCAUCAGCAAGAACACCAACAGAUGCAACAGAUGCAAAACCUGCAAGAACAUCAGUCAACUCAACGUAUUCAAUUGAACCAAGAGCAACAACAAAUGUGUCAGAGGCAGCAGCCGCAACAAGAUUUGCAUCAGAUUCAGCAGGAUUAUCAACAAAUACCGAAGAGCAACUAUCAACCUGAGCAUCAGCAGUUAUACCAUCAACAAUCUGACUUACAAGCACUUCAAGUACAACAAGAGCAUCAGCUGAUGCCCCAAAUUCAUUCUGAGCAUCAGCAAAUACAACAAAUUCACCAAGUUCCGCAAACUCAAAAACUUGAAUAUGAGCGAGCCUUGCAAGAACAAGCAUACACCCAGCAAACUCAUCACCAGCAGAUGCUGCAAGGAAACUUUCAGCCACUCAUGACUCAUCAAGCCAUGCCUGAUUAUGGACAUCAUACUCAACAAAAUGUUCCUGAUUCUAGAUCUUAUGUACAGCAAAUCCCCCCAGACUCUAGCCAACUUGUGCAGCAAACUGUCUCCGACACUAUCUCGGCCAGCCAACAGAAUGCACCUGAUGUAAGUCAAUAUUCUCAUCACAAUGCUCAACUUGACUCCAAUGAAAAUUUACCAAACACCAUACAAUACAUGAAAACUGCUCAACCAAUCCCUACAGAUCCCAGCUUACCCCCUGGGAUGAACAAUCAGUCCUCCUCUCUGCAGUAUCAGCAAAAUGCUUUGAAUUUCCAGGCAGGAAGUAAUCAACAAGCAAGCAUAAACCAACAGUAUUAUACUUCAGUUGCUAAUCAAGGAAAUCUAGAAUAUCAUGUGACAACUGAUGGAACUUUUUCGUCUGGUCAAGAGCUAAUCCAACAGUCAGUAGAUAAUAGAAACCUAGGCUACAAUCAGCUGUCUCCAGAUGUAGGCCAAAAUACUGAGCAGCCAUCUCAAUCUGUUUACACUAUAACAGAAAAGCAGCAUCCAAUAACACCUACCUAUUCGAUGAUGUCUGAAGAACAGCAACAGAAAAUAUCUUCGGUUCCAAUGAUGUCAGAGGAACAACAAAGGAAAAUAUCCUCUGUUUCCAUGAUAUCAUCAAUCUCUUCUCUCUCUUCUGACAGUGGUGUUACUUGUGACUUGAGUGCUGCAAAUCGUUUGCCGGUAGCACCUCAACUCGGAAUGAACCAAAACAAUCAGACACAGCCUCACAUAGUUGGAUUUAUACCUGAUGCUGCUGCACCCCCUGAGUCUAUGGGUCAAGAAGCUAUAAAUCAGAAUACGAAUGCAAUGGCGCCAAAUGUUUUUCAAUCCGAGAUUGAGAUGCAAGCUCUCACACAGCAGCUAAAUCAGGCCAAUCUUGGUACUAGGAUGGACCAACCAAAUAUGUUGCAAAAUCAAUCAUUUCCUCCACCUGUUAUGCAAAAUACUCAGUUUCAACAGGUUCAAAAUUCUGUUGAUGAGAUGAACUCGCCUCAUUUGCUCACAGAUAUUUCUACAAAAAUUCCAUCUACCCAGGGUCCUGAUACAAACGCUGCGACUUUAAAUCCUCAGUAUGUCAGUUCAGUUGCAAAAACUGAAAUUGGUGAAACUUCUGAUGUACCCACCGAAAAUUUAUCGCAGUUUUCCUCUGUUACUGAAGAGAGUUUUAGCACCCCAAACAUUAUGAAUUCGACGAACAUUCAAAUCCCUCAUCCAGUCAUUGCUACAGAAACUCCAAUAGAUCAGUACAUCACUCCUCCUGUUGAAAUUAUGAGUGCCCAUCUUCCAACCCUCCCAAUUGAACCUCCUUAUGUUCAAUAUUCAAAUUCUCCAGCUGCUCCAGAUAGUAGCCAGCAUGUUGCUAUCCCUGGAGGAACAGAGUGUAGGAAAUAUUCCGUAGAAACGUAUGGCAGUCAACUAACCAAAAUCCCUGCAGAAAUUAUGACUAGUAAACAUUCUAAUUCGGUUCCGUCCACUCCCACCCAGACUUUGGUCCAUCAGUUUAUGGUAUCCGAGCAUCAGCCUAUUUCAGACUGUACUUGUUUGCCAGGGAACAACGAAAAUCAGACUUUACAGAAUCAGAGUGCUCUUAUGGAAUCAGGGCCUGCAACAGGCCUCAAAUACAAUGUGUCUAAUGAAAUUAUGCCUGACCAAACUACUAACCUUGUAUCAACACUCGGUGAUGGCCUAGACAUGCAUGAUUCUGGGGCUCAAAGUUUACCCAACAAAUUGGGAUUGCAAGGAAAAGUUACUGACCUAACUGAAACUGGUUCAGAAAAUCAGCUCAUGGUAGAGAAUCAUACACCAGAAACUUCCACCAAUGAUAAGAGCAGUAGUACUUUUUGGCUCAUGUUUUCCUGUUUUCCUAGUUCUAUUGAAAAGGCCGAGGCUGUUGCCUUAGACACUGGGAGUAAAGGCAAGAAAGGAGCACCUGCCAAACGUCGGAGUCGACCCUCGGGCCCAAAACUUGUGGUGCUCUCUGUGGAAAACCAAGAAGUCGAAUGUCAGCUGGAGACAAGCAAACAGAAAACUGUGACUUUCAAGUUCAAUAUCGGAGACAUGGUAGCUGCAGACAUUGCUAAUAAUUUAGUGAGCGAGAAGUUGUUACCUCAGUCGCAUGCAGAGCUGUUAGUUGAACUUCUGAAAGAAUUGAAGCGGCAGUUAGAGGAACAGCCUGAUCGUCUGCCAAUUCUGGAGACAGCCUCGUCUAGUCCUGUUCGAAAACCCAAGGUAAACACACGACACACUUCGCUCACUCGCCACACAUCGCGUCAGAUGCUUAAGUUCCAUCGUCGCCACCGUUCGAGGGAUGAUGCAAGCUCUCCUGUUUUCCUGGAUGCUGGUUCAACAUCGAGUGGUGCACCCUCAGUCAUUGAGGCAACUUCAUCCCAGGAUGUUGUUCCUCCUGCCAGAGAAACAGAGGUAAUCCGCCAUGUAGAGGAUACAGUCCCUCUUGAUCCUGCAGAAAAAGAAUCCACCUCAAAAUCAGCUACCUCACUUUCUAUCGCUGAUCUACCGAAAAAACCACAAAGGAAAAUAUCACGGUUCUUGGUCAGUCCUGUCAUUGAAGGAUCCACUGCGGCAUCAUCAGAAAUUCAACCAACUGUCUCUGUUCCUGGAUCAGCUGCAACUCCGGCCCAAGAGCAGUCAGAAACAGAAUUAGCAUCCUGCAGUCUGGAUUCACCGAGUGAUCAGACAACAUCAUCAACCCGUCAUAGUGACUUUGGUACAAGCGGUAAUGAAUUCAUGAGUGAAAGUAGCACUGUCUCAUCACCAAUGACUCAGCUCUCUCCAGAGUCAACAUUGCACAGUAAUUUAUUGGGUAAAAUUGUCCACCAAAAUUCAAAUGAUAGCAGUGGACUCGGAGGUCCACAGACCAUUGCUGACCUACAACAGAAGCUACAUCAGUUGACAUCGCAGCCAUCAGAAUUGUCAUUGAGUGGCACUCCACCAUCGCAUCCGGCAACGCCUCACAAUCACUUACAGUCGCAGAACCAUGCAACAUCCAUUCAGACCCUUCAUGAAAAGCUUACCUCUAUCUCCAUGACAAAUUCACAACCCCUGGGUCCUUUAUCACCACAAAGCACGCUUCACUGCAUUCCCUCAAGUCAUCCUCCUCUAACAGCAGCUAUCGAAGUAUAUCAGAAUGCCAUUUUAUCAGAGGGCAUUGCUGUUAUGCAACAACCCUAUCUAGUCCAUUCUGUUGCCCCUACCUCGGACUCACAGCCGGUCACAAGUCAAAGUCAGCAACAGUACACGGUUCAAACGACCAUCGCUCCCGUCUUCGUUCAGCCUCUUCCGAGUAAUUUCCAAUCGGCUGAACUACCGCAGUAUGCUCAGUCCACGCCCAUGCUGUUUCAGCCGAUUCCAGCCGAUAGAAGUCAACUAACUCCGAAGGAAUCUCAAGAAUCUACUCAGCAUGCAACGCCUAUCUUGCUUCGCCCAAUCACCGCUAGUGAGGGCGGUUCUAGUCAGCUAUUUAUGUCGCCAGCAACAUCUGAAUCAGAGAAAAAGUCUCCUAUUCAGCAUGUUCUUGUCCAGAAACUUUCAACAUCAGAGUCACCACAAUACAUUUAUCAACCUGUCAUGCAGCAGCCAAUCAUUCCAGGUCGAUUCAUGAUGGCAACCACACCGGUGGCUCAAUCCUCUGGCAACCCUGACCUCAAGAAUCCAUUAACUCAAGUAACAGUCCAACCAGUCGUCGUCCAUGAAACUCCUCUAGUCAUGCAGUCGGUUUCUCUACCAAGUGAACAUGGAAACUCUGCUUUGGGUGAAUCAUCAACUGCUGUCCAUCCUGAAAAAUCAGUCAUCCAGCCAAUGUCUAUAAUCACAAACCCAAGUGUCAUCACAAGAACACCUGGAUCCCACGCAGAUGACAUUCAUGAAGAAAAGAAAUUGAAUAAAACGCUGGCAGAUUUACAUUAUCUAGAAAUUGAAUUAAACAAAAUUCAUGGUCCUGGAUCAGAAAAAAGUCGGCAUCGUAAAGAUGGUCACAGCACAGGUCAAUCGACACCAGUAACUUCAUCAAGCACACCAGCAACCUCCAGUUUUCAGGGAGAAAUCAUGCAGGAAAUAGAUGCAUCUAAAGAGAGGCUUGACAGUCACCAAUCAGAAAGUAAAGUUGGUAGCCAAUCAGAAGAUGAAACAUCGCAGCGAGAAAUCAGACGAGGACGCUUUAGUGUUGUGGUGCGACCAGAUUCCCUCAUUCAAAACAAUUAUGGUUCAGACCAGAGCAGCCAAGUUAAUACCAGGGAUGACACUACGACAAGUAAUAGUGAAAGCAAUAAUCAGUCGGUGCCCACUUCAAUUAGUCCACGUAAUAGGCGCUCGCCCACCUGUGACAUUUACCGAGCAGCAAGCACUCAGACAUUCCCCUCACCAUUUGUUAAUCCAGAAAUUGAGUGCGAGUCAUCUAUUCGUCGAAAAAUCAGCAUCCAGUCCAACCCAUGCUGCAGCACAAUUCUGGAGUCCGUUUAUCAACCUGAUAUGCGCCGUGCUCAAAGUGGGAUGAACCUUUCAAACGAAAGUCAGCGAAAGAUCUCUGUGGACAGUUGUGGCUUUCCAUCAGUGUCGCAGCAAAGACAAAGGAAGACAGGCCUCCUUGGUGUCAAAUCUUUACAGCAGGAAGUACCAACAACCGAGCAUGCACAGGUAGGUCAACAGAGACGAAGAGACUGUGAGCAGUUGAAACGAUGGCCGAGCGAUAAUGUUUUGAACAACUACGCCAACUCUGAGCAAGCAUUGCUGUUCCGCUCAAGAAAAAACAGCUACGGCUCGAAAGUAUGCAUGCUGCGGCAGGCUUCAGCAAUUGAGCCACGGGAUAUCCUGCGGGCAAAAAUCCGAGAAGCAAAAAGCAUGGUUGAUAUAAAUAAUGAAAACUACUUGGUUAAAGACAAACCCAUUUAUGACCAGUUCUUUUCAAACCAUGAGGUUUACCACACAGUGCAUGGUGGCUACUUACACAAAAGAGUCCCGAAUCAAGAUCUACCCUCCAAGUACGAGCUAGCCUGUGGUAAAAAUUGCUGUGUCGAUCGGACACGUGACGUGUCGAAAGUUAAUGCAAGUCAGUUUGAGGGAUGGGCAUAUCCAGAUUCUCUUUUGCCACACUUUGCGUCAUUCAAAACGCGGAGCUGGAAUGAUUUGUCACGCUACUCUAAAGACUCAGGGUUUGAUUCUCUGACUUUCUCUUCUCAUCAAGCACCAGAUGAUAAAUUCUCAACAACACCAGUUAAUUACCCAAUUAAGAACCUACAGUAUUGGCAGCCAAAGAAGAUGCAACGGCACGAACCUGGGUCAAGUUUUGGCCAUCCUAGUCCUAAACAGUCGUACGAAGAAUUAUUAUCAAAUCUUCUUCACAGACAAAGGCUGGAGCUUGAAUCAUUGAGGCGCAAGCAUCAAGAGGAAAUCGAGGCGUUAUCACAGCAAAUGGAAUCGGAUUACCCAAUGUCUCCUCCUUCGCAGUAUGCCUCACGGCCAAUGGCUUUACUGUAUCAAACGCUUACUCCUAUUUCUGUGCCAUCUUCUUCAAGAAGUGGACAAGGUAGCCUGGAGGGCUACAGCACUGCACCCCAAAGUCCCACUGAAUCUUGUCCCAACUCUGCGAAUGAUUUUGCAACGCAUACAUCAAGUCAGCCAAGUGUCAUUCAGUAUGCGCGCGGCUCAGCAUUUUAUCUACAGCCUGCGGCACUCCGCUUUGUUUAUGACUCUCCAUCCCACUGUGCCCCUUCAGAUUUGCCUGAGCAUGAGCCAAGGUAAUGAUAUGUCACAAGUUCCAGCCCACAUUUAUGCUUUUUUUUUUAUUUAUUUAUUUAUUUUAGUAUUUAAAAGUUGAAAGUUAGGUAAUUGUUGAUGUUUUAAGACCUGAAAACAGGCCUCCAAUUUUAGGCAAUUUCAGCCUUUGUUUCAUGUUAAGAGAUACUGAUACAAACAUCUAGAACAGAAGGGUAUCUCAUUGAUAGAAACUUCAUUAAUGUAUUAUGUAUACACUCAAAUUUUCAGUUUCAAUUUUUUUUUUCAAUGUAAACUCUCAAAAUCAGAGGUUUUUGUACUCUUAGAUAUUUUUGUUGUUUUAUAUUUAAGCGUAUGUAACACUUUAGAUAUAUAAAGGUGCCUGCUGAAGAUGGAGAGCUCUUCAAAAGUUAGUCGUCAAAUUAGAACCAAUGUUCCAUUCACUUAACAAACUCCUCUUUUUUAAAAUUAAUUUUUGUACAAAUAGAAAUGGAUGGCAUCAAUUAUUCUUAUGCCACAAUCAACUACUUCAGGUCACCAAUGGUAAUCAAUAAGUAAUGAGUACUGAGUACUGAGUACUGCGAGACCCAAUAAAUCUACCGAUCACUUUUUGGUGUUGCAAAGUAGUACUGCAGCUCCUUAUCAAGUGUUAUUCUAAGGGUGAGUGAGGGUAUGUAAGAUAAUUUGUUAAUUUAUUUCCUGAAGAAAUACGUGAAGUUUAACUCAGAACGCACCUUUUGAACAACCACAGAAUUAAUACUGUUGUAGUAGAUGCUACUGAAAGUUUGAAAGCUGAUACUUUUUUGGAAUCUUUACGAUUUUUGGUGGAUCAAAAACUAUUUUAAAGACCUAACUUUUAGUGAAAUUGUAUACCUAAUUAUCAUCUUCAAAAAAAUUUAAGGUGCAAAUUGAUUUUGAGGAAAUAAAUUCACUUCCUUCAAAAGAUUUAACUUUUUUACUGGGUCAUUUCUCUUUUAUUUCUACUAUUUAGAAAUUAAAGAAGAAAUUAAAAAAGAAAAUACAUUUCUUUCACUUUACAUUAUAAAGACCGUUAAAUGAUAUCCUGCCACUCGAAAUUCCUCCAAGAGGGUUGAUUUUGUAGUAUCAAAGGAAGGUAACACACAUGUUUCUCCAUGUGGGCUUGAGACAGGCCAUCUGACCCCUGAACUUGAAAAUUUCGAAUGGCAAUCCCCUUUUUUCACUGAGGACUUUCUUUCCCUUGCUUACACCCUAGAGUAUUCUCAAUGAGCUUGAAAUAGAUAAAUUAUCUUAAUCACUGCGCAUACUAGUAAAAUUAGUAUGAACGCUUGUUCUGUGUUUUUGAAUAUCAGAAAUGAACAGGUUGCCCAAUUUUGAAACUGUGUAAGGUGCAAAUGCUAUUGAAAAGAGUGGAAAGCAAGAUUGCUAGGUUGUGUAAAUACACUUCGAUAUUUUAGAAUAGUAAGUGUGUAAUUUUACUUCAGGGUAGCCUACUUAAAUGAACUGCUAUACUGUCUGCAAUUAUUUUAAAAUUAUGCAUGUUAUUCCCUUACUUAAAAUGAUUUGAGGCUGCGGAAAAUUACUGUAACAGUCUGUCUAUUGUACGUAGAGCACAUAGUGUCAUGGUAUGAAUCAGGCAUGUUUAAGGAGGUACACUUUAUAUGCAUUUGGAAGUCUACUGCAGGCAUGUGAUUUUAAGAAAAUUCCAACCGGACCAAUCAGGGCCAAUUCCUAAGAAAAAGGAUUUGCGCAAAAUUCCAGCUGAAUUAGAGAAUUUCAACAGUCAUUUAUGAACAGGGUGUCUAUCAUCAGGAAAAACUGGUAAAACCGGAAAGUAUCAGGAAAAAAUCAGGAAAAUCGGACGUUUUAUCAGGAAUUUUUCUUACGCGAAUCUCCUCAGCGGAAAAGUCUUACUGCUUUUUGCCUACCGUGCCAGGUCGAGUCGUCGCGCCGUCUUUGUUUCCAAUAAUUUCUCACCUCGUAUAGUGAAGGCAUCAUCAAAAAUCAGGAAAAUAUCAGGAAUUCUCAAGAUGAAUAAAUCAGGAAUUUUUUACAAAAUAUCAGGAUUUUUCAAAAUUAAAUAAUACUAGACACCCUGAUAAAGCUCUCAAUUGUCGCUGAAAAAAUGACAUUAUUUUAAAAGGGGUAGCAACAAGCUAUGUUGGUAAGAUGUGUUUCUGAAGCAAAACAUGCAAACUUGUCGUAAAAUCUUAAUUUAUCUUAAUUUCAUAGCAUGGAUGGAGGAUUUAGACAAAAAUUAAUCGUGUUUUGGUUGCAAGGUUUGCACAGAUAAGCUUAAAAGAGCCAUACGCAACGGGGGGUUCGCAAAAAUUCGACCUGAAAUAAAAUUGUUUUUGUUCUUUAAUCUUCCAGACGUGAUUGUCACAACAGCAAAAAUUGAUGUGUGGUAAGAGAGGGAAACAAUUGCUCAAUUGGUGGAGCGAAGGGUUUAUCGGUAGUGAACUGAAACACCGGGGACUUGAGAGAAGGAGUGUACACUUUUUAUUGAUGACCGUGCUAGCGAAGAAUGCAUUUUUAUUUUUAGUUGUUUAAACUGUUUUUGUUGGAAAUCCUUGUCUUUCCUAACAAAGCUAGUAAGCUUUACGCUAGUUUACAUGUCUCCUCUGAGUUCUUGUGUGCCAAAGAGUCUAGGUGAGGGGUCUGAAUUUUGACAAGAGCUUUGGUAAUGUGAUAAAAUUUUAAAGAGUGUCUUUCUAAUCCUGUUUGGAGUUGUGAACAUUUGCAUGUGCAAUUCCCAUAUUUUGCAGGGGUAGCUUUUAAGCGCUCAACGAUAAGUUAUAUCCGCAAAGCUUGUGAUACAAUUGAUAAGCUCGUCUGCUCAUUUUUUAACUUUAAUAUUCGCAGUUGUUGCAUCUUGUGACUAUUGUAUGAUUCUUGGUUAAAUUUUGAUUUAAAUAUGAAGAGGCUUAUAAAUAGAGGCACUACCAUAGUCUCAGAUGAAAUUGCAGACUUAAUUUCAGCGAGUUUAAGUUUGUUCAUCAUCCUUUUCCUUCCCAGUUUCAUCACUAAGGUUUUUUAUGUACUUGUAAUCAAUUUACUUGUCAAAGAGUUUAAAAUUUUCCCUGUCUGAGUCAAUAACAAAGGAGAUUAUUAGUCUUUGAAGAGCGAAGGUCUUUUUACCAAACUCUUUGGAGACAAAGGGCUCUGGAUUAUGAAGGCUUCUUAGCUCAAAAUGAAAUAAGUGUAAUAAUUGUAAUGUGUUAUUUAGGAUACAGCUUGUAUCAUGCUGACUUCGAACAUCACUUAUUCUGUGUAUCAUGUAUUAUUUUGUUUAACUAUUGUAUCAGCUAGUCUUAGUAGUAGUUAAUUGUUAAGUUUUGUCAAUGCAAUAAUCUUCCUGACCUGAUUCUUGGAUUCUGCUCCCAUUGAUCCGAAUUAUACACGGCUGAAUAGAUUAAGAUUUCUCUUAACCUGUAUGAUCAAAGCUUAGUGUGAUGAAAGAAAUUUCAUAUUUUUUGCAAUUUUCUCGCUCCUCUCAUCGUAGUUUGGACUUAUCUUUUCAAUGAUGGUCAAGUCGAAUAUAUCGAUUAAUGAGUAAUCAUUCCAAAAUUUCACUCUGAGUAUCAAGAUAAAAAUAUAUGGUGCUAAGAGUUUGUAAAAUGUUCUCAUAUCAGUCAAGUGAGCAUGCACUUGCAAUGUAUGAAUCUUACAGGACAGGCUUACAGGACCAGUCAUAUUGUUGUUCCUCAUAGCUCUACAGAAAACUGAACAAGAAAAAACCUCAGAAGUAAAAAGGCAUUUUCACUAUACUUGUUUCCAUCUUCAGUCUGUCCGGUCAUCCCCUGGAUCCUUAGUUAGUGGCUCUUUGCAAGGCAAAUUUUAUAAUUUUUUGCUAAGUUAUCAAAUCUUUGAAAAUGUGAGCCAUACUUUAAUUUCAGUAAAAACAGUUUACUUCCAUUUCCGCUUUUCAUUGCUAUCUUCCAACAUUGGAAAUCUAUUUUUCAAGCUGGUUGGGGCGAAUUGUCAGAAUGGGGCUGUUGCAUGAUCAAGGCUGUGCUUUGAAAAUACAUAGGUUUAAAAAAGGAGGAAAGAGGAAAAGGAAAAAGGAAAAGAGACCUAAAGUUGUGGUAUUGAAAAGAGCAUUUCUCUUUGGCCUGAAGCCUUUGACGUUUCAUGCAGCUCAACCUAUGCUUUUGGCCACUGUGAAUCCAAUCUAAUGUCGUUGCUAUACGGUCCAUGCCUGUGUUUACGAGAUACUCUCAUUACAUUUUAGGAACUUAGCUCACAAACUAACGAUUUCAGGUAUACAGAAAAAAAAAAACAGCAAAAAUAAUUAUUUCAAACAGCAAUUACUUUGCAAGCAUUGUCGAGAUACAUAAUUUUCGGUUGCAUUAUAAGUGAGAUAACAAAAUCUGUUGACUUGAAGUUUAUCCGUUUGAACUGAGGUUGGAUUAAUGACGACCUCAAAAGUCAUUUUCUAAAAUUUGAUUGAGUUCAAAACUGGAAAAUGUAGGUACUCUGUUUUUUAUGUUCUUUCCCAAAAAUCAAUCAAGGAAAUAACGUAACUGCCUCAUUGCCACCUCAGAAAAUAAUGAAAUCACUUUUCCUGUUCCUGAUUAUUCAUGUUUACUUGGCAAUCAUAAUUGUAACUAAUGAGCCUAUGUGAUGGGACCCUAACAAGAAAAAAUUAUGUUUUGUAAAUUUUAUUUAGAAUUGAGCACCCAUCAAUUUUCAAUUUUAUUCAAAUUCAGCAACAUCUAACUCAGACUUUUUGUUUCAUUUUUUAAACCAAAUACUGAGGAGUUUUUUUAAAACUGAAUUUUCCUAUUUUACACACCCUUAAAAGUAUCAUUUUUUCUUUUAUUUAUCAGAGUAUUUUUCCUCAAGCCAAUUCAAUGGAUCCAAAAAUCAGGCCAAUGUUAAUGGGUUGAAUGAUGCUCAAUCUUAAGAGUGUAUUCUUGUAAAAAUUGAUCUUUUUUAAACCUUGCCUUUGUUCGCUCUCUGUAACUAAGAAUCUUUCAGAUCUUUAUCAUACUUCCUACAUGAGGCAGAGACUUUCAAUUUUACCAUUUAUUUUUUUGUGAAAAUUUUCAAGAAGUGUAAUGAUAGUACUGUUUUUUUUUUGGUUUGUUUUUUUUUUUUUUUAAAUUAACUCUCAAGCGCAAUAAUAUGACUGAGAGCUAGAUAAAUUCAGCUGCGUUGCAGCAUUCAAAAGUUUUAGCUAACAACUUAUUUCUGCCUUAAAAUUUUUAUAUUUUAAGGAACAAAAUGGAGGGAACUUUUGUCAAAUCAUAGAGUUAAUUCAUAAACAACGUCAGCAUGAAUUUGAAAACAUUCUUGAAUGAAUGAAUAAAUUGUCUGUCAAUAUUUUGGAAUGUUGCAACAUUUUCAAGCCUUUAAGGCCUUAUCUCUGUCAGAUAGACCAGCAGGAUUGCCACUUUUUGCGGCCACUCCAAGUCUCAAGAUGAUGAUUUUUAGUCUACAAUCAUGACAACCCUGCAACCGUGUAUUAACCCAGUUACCUACAAGGUGAAAAUGAGGGAAUAGAGGGAUGGAUUUUCCUUCAGAGCAGUUUGUGCUUCUCCAAUAUGUCCUCAAUUUCAAGAACAUUCUUCAGCUUAAGAGUUGAUUUUAGAGACACCCAGUUGCACCAUCAUGUUUUUUAGAACCUUGUUUUUGUCCUGAAAUUUUGUAGCGGAUCACAGUAGUUUAAUUGCUCAUACCCAGCGGGCCGAUUAUUGAAAUUUAAACCAGCCCGAUAAGACAUCGAAUUGCGAUGUAUUGCACGGUUAAGAUAGGGCUAUGUCUUGUCGUAAGCGGCGACAUAGAGUCGAUGACAUUUCAAUAAUCGCCCUGCAGGUGCAUGCCAGUAGGUUAGAGCCUCUAUCGUAGGCACAACUCAGAGAUUCAUUCUCAAGCUUGAGAAUUAAUUUGAGAAAAACCAGUGCUAGCAUUAAGUUUCUUGCAAAAUGUUAUUGAAGAAUGAAGUGUAAAAUCGAAAAUCCCUGCUGCAUGCAACGUAUUCACAAUUUCAGAGAGCCAAUUAUCAUGAGUCAGAGUUCCAGAACAUUUUUUGAUUUUUAGUCUUGUAAUACAUUCCUAAUCUAAAUUUUUUAUUGCGUAGAAUGUUUCUGAGAUUGGAUGUGUACCAAUAUUUUAUCAUUUUAAAUUUUUACAAAGAAAUGAGAUCUAUUUGUAAGCAAAUUUCAAAUUUGCAACAAUCUAGACAAAUUCAUGGAUAUUAUUUGUAUUGUGUUAUUAAAACUUGAAAGAGCUUGUGACUGUGUUAUCUUGCAACAGAAAAUAAAAUCAGUUGAUUUUAGUCAAAUUAA